AUGGCAGGUAUGUCUGGUGGAGAGACAAGUAAAACUGAGACCAUGUCAGUGACAGAGGGGGAUGCUGUCACUCUACAAUCUGAUCUUUCCGAAAUACUGAACGAUGAUACGAUACUGUGGAUGUUUGGACCUAAAGACAGUCUCAUAUCUCAAAUCCGAAGAAAGGAUGACUUGACCUCAUUUUUUGUCACUGAUGAUGUGAAAUUCAGAGGCAGAUUGCAAGUGGAUCAAAAGACUGGCUCUCUCACCAUCAGAAACACCAGAACCAGACACUCGGGACAAUAUAAAAUAACAAUCUCUAGUGAAAAGACUACAAUAAAGAUAUUUCAUGUUACUGUCUUAGCUGUGGUUGGUAAGACGGAUGGAGUCAAGUCAGUGUCAUUGUCAGUGAUGAAGGGGGAUCCUGUCACUCUACGUGCUGAUUCUGAAAUACACCAAGAUGCUCUGAUGCUCUGGAGGUUUGGAGAUAAAGGCAUUCUUCUAGCUAAAAUUGACAUUGAGACCAAUGAGAGCUUAUUAAAUGAUGCUGAUGAGGGAUUCAAAGAUCGGCUGCAGCUGAAUGAUCGGACUGGAUCUUUGACCAUCAAGAACACCAGAACCACAGACUCUGGACUUUAUGAACUACAGAUCAAAGGCAGUGAGAGCCUAUACAGAUUCCUGGUUUCUAUCACUGAUUCAGGUCUUUCCUCCAGUGUUAUAGCAGGAAUAGUUUCAGGUGUUAUUUCUGUUCUGCUGAUCCUGAUUGCCUGUGUGAUUUACUAUCGCCACCGGAUUUCUAAAUUAAAAGGACAAAUGGUUGAAGAGAAGAUAGAGAAAGUGAUGGAGGGAGAAUCUCUCACUCUACACACUGGUCUUACUGAAACAGUGGGACAUGUUACAAUAAAGUGGUGCUAUGAAACUGAAGACAAUCUCAUUGCUGAAAUCAAAAGAGGGACUACAAGGAAACAGGAGGGUGCUGAUGGGAGAUUCAAGGGCAAACUGAAGCUGGAUGAUCAGACUGGAGAUCUCACUAUCUGUAACAUCAGGACCAUUCACUCUGGACUCUAUAAACUCAAGAUCAGCAGCAUCAUAGGAACCAAAUACAAGAGAUUCAUUGUUACAGUCAAUGUGAAGUCAUUGUCAGUGACGGCAGGAGGUUUUGUGUAUCUCCAGACUCAUGCUGAAAUACAGAACGAUGAUCUGAUACUGUGGACGCUUGGAGCUGACAAUGUUCUCAUUGUUAAAAAAGAUUCACAGUCAGCUACUGUUAAUGAGAGAUUCAGAGGCAGACUUCGGUUGGGCAAGAAGACUGCAUCUCUGACCAUGACAGACCUCACAAAUACAGACUCAGGACAUUUUAAACUGCAGAUCAUCAACUCUAAAAAGACCAUAUUCAGGAGAAUCAAUGUUACUGUCACCGGUUCCACAGGAAACCAAUUGAGUGAAUUAGAGACCGCAGUAAUGCUGCUGUCGGACGAUGUGGAUGGAGUGAAUGAGCAGGAAGAGACAUGGUCCCUUUCAUGAAAUAAGACACGCCCACCAGUGCCAAAACCAUUUACUCUUAACACUUUAGAUGAGUGGACGCUGCAAUUACCAAACACUAACAAAAGGGUCUAUUUACAGUGAUGCCACUGAAGAACCAUUUUUAGAUUCUUCAAACCAGUGCACAGUUCUUAAAAGAACCUUUUUUUUAUUAAUGUGAAGAACAUUUUAAAGCUUUCUUUCACUACAAAGAACUUUCUGUGAAACGGGGCAUUUCCAUGGAGGUUAAAGGUACAUCAUGGAAAUAAUUCCUUAAAAUCAACAUGGUGCAAAAAUAGUCUGAACACUAAACAGUAAUAAUGCAUAAAUUAUAGAUUGUUAUUACUUACAUUACAAUGAGAGUGUUGAUUUUCAUUACUUUAUACAGAAGUUAUUUACUUAUAAAUAUUUAUUUUCUUAUUCUGUUUCUGUUAAUCAGUGUUGGGGAUAGUUACUUUUAGAAGGAAUGUGUUACAAUAUUGUUAUGUCCUAAAAGAAUAACUAAUUGUGUUGCUUUUAGUACUACGUAGCAUAGACACUACCCUAUCUUGCUCGUAUGGUAUUAAUUUUAUUUGUGGAGGUCCUAAAAAAGGAAUAUUUAAAGCCUAUAUUUGAGUUUUUAUUCUUUUUUUUUUUAAGCUUAAAUACCUUGUAAACUGUGUAAUAAAAUGCAGUCCUUGA